GUGGUCUCUGCUCCGCUCCCUCGCGCUGUUGCUGUCAUGGCGCUGGCUCAAGGAGGAGGCAAGAAGAAAGUUUGUUAUUAUUAUGAUGGUGACAUAGGGAACUACUAUUAUGGACAGGGACACCCUAUGAAACCACAUCGAAUCCGUAUGACCCAUAAUCUGUUGCUGAAUUACGGCUUGUACAGAAAGAUGGAAAUCUAUCGGCCACACAAGGCCACAACGGAGGAGAUGACAAAAUACCACAGUGAUGACUACAUCAAGUUCUUGCGGUCAAUACGACCAGAUAACAUGUCAGAGUACAGCAAACAGAUGCAGAGAUUUAAUGUUGGAGAAGAUUGUCCUGUAUUUGAUGGAAUGUUUGAAUUUUGUCAGUUAUCAACAGGAGGUUCAGUGGCUGCAGCAGUAAAACUCAAUAGACAACAGACUGAUAUUGCAGUCAACUGGGCUGGAGGUCUUCAUCAUGCCAAGAAAUCUGAGGCAUCAGGUUUUUGUUAUGUCAAUGACAUUGUUCUCGCCGUUCUAGAAUUAUUGAAAUAUCAUCAAAGAGUUUUGUAUAUUGAUAUUGACAUUCACCAUGGAGAUGGUGUCGAAGAAGCUUUUUACACAACAGACCGUGUCAUGACUGUUUCAUUCCAUAAAUAUGGUGAAUAUUUCCCCGGCACAGGUGAUCUUCGAGACAUAGGUGCAGGUAAAGGCAAAUAUUACGCUGUUAACUUUCCACUCCGAGAUGGAAUUGAUGAUGAGUCUUAUGAACAGAUAUUCAAACCAAUUUUGACAAAGGUAAUGGAAAUGUACCAACCCAGUGCAGUUGUACUACAGUGUGGAGCUGAUUCUUUAUCAGGGGACAGACUUGGAUGUUUCAAUCUCACAUUAAAAGGUCAUGCUAAAUGUGUGGAAUUUAUGAAGACCUUCAACUUGCCUUUACUGAUGCUAGGAGGUGGAGGGUACACAAUCCGCAAUGUUGCUCGCUGCUGGACAUAUGAGACCGCUGUAGCAUUAGAUACAGAGAUUCCAAAUGAAUUACCGUACAAUGACUACUUUGAAUAUUUCGGGCCAGACUUUAAAUUGCACAUCAGUCCUUCCAAUAUGAUGAAUCAGAACACAUUGGAAUACAUGGAAAAGAUUAGAAUCCGGCUAUUUGAAAAUCUACGUAUGCUACCUCAUGCACCUGGUGUCCAGAUGCAGGCUAUUCCAGAGGACGCUAUUCAAGAAAACAGUGGAGAAGAGGACGAUGAUGAUCCUAACAAACGAAUUUCAAUUCGAGCUUCUGAUAAAAGAAUAGCCCGUGAUGAGGAAUUUUCAGAUUCUGAAGAUGAAGGAGAAGGAGGUAGACGAAAUAUUGCAAAUCAUAAGAAAAGUAGCAAGCGAGCACGAAUAGAAGAAAAGAAGGAACUGGAAGAAAGAAAAAAUGAUGCUGAAGAGGAAGACACGGUUAAAGAUAUUACAGAGAAAACUGAUGUAAAAGGCUAAGUAGUGAUACAACUAUGGAUGAAGGCUGAGCGUGGUGAACCCAUAAUCCUCAUAUCUAACCAUUAGCCUGCUUCCGGUGCUAGAGGAUGCAUGUCUUUGAGUACUGCGGCAUCACCACGUCAAGCUUGUAAUGUUCUGUACUAUUAUGUAAUAAACUGGCACUUGCUUUUUAAAUUUGUACGUGAUUAAAGUAAUAUAAAGUUACCAUAGCCCUGUUGUAGCAUACGACUGCUGUCUCACUAGAGAUUGAAUGAUGGUGGUUUAACCGGAGGGUCACUAUGCCUCAGGCGAGGGGGAGAGGUUGAGAUGUCAAGUCCUUCAUGGUAAUCUCAGCUGAUGGCGGGAAUUCAAAAAGGACACUUGACAAGAUACCACAGAACAUUGUCUAGUAUCAUUCAGUCCCUUUAGGAAAGGAGGGUAAAAUGUUUAGAGGGAAGUACAGUUUUAAUUAUAUAUGGCCUGCAUGGUCAUUCUUCUAUAUAUUAAUACAUAUCAUUGUAUCAUGUAUUGUAUAUAUGAUACUCUAAAAAAAUCACCAAUUAUAUAUUUUUUCAUUGUCAGGAUAAAAUCUGAGCAACCCAGCAACUCAUGAACGUUUGAAGUUCUUCUUGUUAGCAAAUGAAGGUCACAGCUCAAAAAAAUUGUUUGGAGAGACUGCAGACUUUUUGUAUGAUUUCAACGUGCUGCAUAUUUAUUUCAAAACUGGGCAUCUGUUUGUCGGUUUCUUUGUGAUGUUCUAGUCAACAGACUUACAAGUAGUCCUAAUUAUGAAGCUGAGAGAAAGAAAGGUUAUGUUUUGACAAACACCCUACCAUGUUGCAAAUAAUAGCAUUUUUAAAGUAAUUUUUAUCUGAACUGUUUGCUUUAAAUCUGGUAUUGGUUAUCUUGUUGAAAAUGGAGUUUACUACUUUUACAAAUAUUUGUAAUUCAACAGUGUUAUAUGACCAAUACUGCUGACAGUCUGUCAGAUUGAAAUAAACAUCCAUCUGCACUGUACGAUAAACAUUAACAGUACUACAUUAAUGAUUUCUAGACUUUUUGCAACUUAAUGUCAUCUUCAAUGCUGGUAAUUAAGCUAUCUACAUUCAGCAACAAUAUCAGAGAAUUUUUUUUGGUUUUAAAGAAUGUUUUGAAUUCUGACGAAGAAGACAGGUACUAAUGCAUAAACCAUUGUCAAGCUAUUGGUCUGGUAAAAUCAUCUGACAAGAAGAAUAUUAGUUACUCCUGUACUUUAGUUUCAAACCACUUUAUUGCACUACAAUGCAAGGAAGGAAAAGGGUUAUAAAAGCACUUUAUAUGAUUUGGAUGUUUCUGCUUCACAAAUUGAAGUAUUUUGUCCAAUUAUAUCAUCACUUCCCGAGAAAUCUCUGGAUAUCAAACCUAAGUGGUUUACAUGCCCUUUUCAGGAAUUUGAUGUUUUACUUUGGGUUGACAUGGGAAAUGUCAUCAUGAUUGUACUAUAUUUCGUUGUGAAGUAAUUUCAAUAUCAGUGUGAAGCUUUACUUUACCCUUUAGAAGGUAUUCGACUGGAUUUUGCUGUUAAAAAAAAUUCAAACGCUGCAUGAUGAUAGCAUCCUGCAUUAUUAUCCAUCAUUCAAAAGCUUUGAAUGAUGUGAAGUUGCUGUACCUGCCUCAUAGAUACCAUAAAAUAUAGAGCAGAAGAAGGCCAUUCAUCCCAUCAAGUCUAUUUCAGUGCUUAAUUAGAUCAUGGCUGAUCUGAUAAUCCUCAACUCCACUUUCCCCAUAAUCCUUCAUUCCCUUGCUGAUUGAAAAUCUGUCUGUCACAGUCUUGAAUAUACUUAAUGACCCAUCCUCAGCAACCCUCUGUGGUAAAGAAUUCCACAGAUUCUCAACCCUCUGAAAGAACAGAUUUCUCCUCCUCUUGUAAAUGUGGAAUCCCUUAUUCUGAGGUCAUGCCCUUUGUAUCCUAAACUCUCCUACAAGGAAAAACAGCCUUUCUGCAUCGACCCUGUCAAUUUCCUUAAGAAUCUUGUGUUUCAAUAAGAUUCUUCAUAAAUUUAUCAGGAAAUGUUGGGGCAUGUCCACUCCAGUCUUAGUACCCUUUUAGGAAUGUCAGACAUAAGAGCAGGAGUAGAAAAUUUGGCCCCAUAAUAAUGCUCUGCUCUUCAAGGAAAUCAUGGCUGAUCUAUUUGUGGUCUCAACUGUACCGUCCUGCCUGCCCCCAAUAAGUCUUGACUCCCUUUUUUAACUCAGCCUUGAAUAAAUUUAAUGACCCUAUCUGAACUGUUCUCAGAGGAAGAGAAUUCCACCUACUUGUGACCCUCUGACAGUAAACAAAAACUCCAUAUCUCCAUCUUAGCAAGGAUAUUACUUAUUCUUAAACUGUGUCCCCUCAUUCUAGUCAACCCCAAAAGAGGAAACUUCAUCGCGGUAUCCACCCUGUCAAGUUCCAUCAGGAGCUUGUGUUUCAUUAAGAUCUCUCUCAUUCUUUUAUACCACAAUAACCUGUUCAAUCUGUCUUCAAUAAAGAAGACCUUAAUCCUGGGAAUCAGUUGAAUGAAUCAUCUCUGAACUACGUUGAAUGUAUUUAUCAUUUUUCAAAUAAGGAGACCUAACUGUUGCAUCAGGGCCUCCUGAAGUCGGGGUUGGGAUCCCAUGUGGCUAGUGGUGUUUAACUCACAAGCUGCAAGGCAGCAAUGGCUGCCAUGGGGCUCUGACAGAAGUUACAGCAACUAUCUUCUUCCUCUGAAAGACAUCUGCUGUCUUCAUCUUUCCUUGGCUCCACUUCCCCUCUCUCAGAUCUUCCUUGCCCUGUUCCUUACUCUAACCUCCCUGUCCUUUAAUGUCUUGCUGGGGCAUCACAACAAUUUUCAAGCCUUAACUAGUGGGAAAAAGUUUGGAAAGUGCUGCUGUACUAAAAUAUGGUUUCACCAAGACCCUGUACAGAUAUAAUAUAACUUUCCUACUUCAAUAUAGCAUGGUAAGUCUUAAUUACUGCCAAAUAAGCACUCAGGUAACCAAGAGUAACUUUUAUCAGCAUGGAAUCUCAUUCCUUCAGCUUGAGGAAAUAUGAAAAUAAUUAAACAUCUUAUUGCUUCUUUCUGUGACAUCUCUCUUUCUUAUUUCAAUCUUUCUUCUUAUUUGACUUUCUGCAUCAUUAUUUGAUUUGAUAUUUAAUUCACUGUCUUAAUAGACAGUCUCUGCUUCAGAUUCCUGGAUUAUUGCUUUCUCAUUUGAGUUGAUGAGAGACACACUGUAUAACUUGUUCACAUAGAAACCAGUCAUCCUGUGGAGGGUGCUGUGCUGUUUGAAUGAUUGGCUGUCAGCGACAACAGGCCAUGGAAAAACCCAUAGAAAGUCUAUGGAAAUGUACAAGCCUAACAAAGGGUACCACCAUUCACUUAUUGCUCAGAAAAAAAUUCUGAACAUUGUUUUUAAAUGAACAAAAGCACUUUUUUUGUUGGGGAGGGCAUCUUCAUAGGAAUAUUGUUAUUAUUUAGAAAUGAUUGCUGAUGUGCAUAUUUUUGUAUUAUACUGUAACCUCCUCAGCCCAAAUGCUUGGGACCUAGUCAUUUCAAUAUUUUGGAAUUUCUUGGAUUAUAGAAUGAUGUUAGAAUGCCUAGCCACAAGUGAGAGAACUGGGAAAAAAAUGUACUGUAGAUAUAAAUGCACGAUACACAAAAGUGAUAAUUGUUUUAUUUUUGCAAGUACUGAACCUUACUUUUUUCACUCAUGGUAUAUUUAAAUGAUGCUAGAGUCUGCUAAAAGAAAUGCUUGAUGAACAGUUGUUUGUGAACAGUAGAUUUGCAGACAUACAAUGCGUUGUUUUGUUGGGUGUGUUGAAAAUAAGUCCUAUAUUUUUUAAACAGAUUUGUUUUAAAACCUAGCUUAAACUUGAAAAAGUUGCCUGUUGUAAAUCCAGCCAUUAGCAAUAGAAAUGUCUACUCCCGUGUGCUAUUAUUGUUAAAAUUUAGAAGUUACAUUUUUUUAAAACAUUCUUUCCCAACUAUUGUGUUGAAGAUUUCACUUGAUGGUUGUGGUAAAGGGCACUUUGUUUAAAUAAAAAAUGUGUUUUUUGUUUAAUGGUACACUGUCUGAAAUAGUAAUUCCAAAAUGAUGUGAAAUACUUCAACAUGUAGUGAAGGUUGAGAUAUGUUGUCAGGGCAAAAUAGGAAAUGCACUUCUUUGAUGUCUGGCAUGAUGGAGUACUCCACUAACAAUAUCCUGUCAAGGUACCUCAUCAAGUGCUGAUGAAACUCAGCCACUAGCUGAGGUUCAAAAAUGAAUCUUCCAAAUAGGAAUUUAGUGGUAAAAAGUGUACUUUAACAAUAUUCCUAAGUGAUUCAGAAUUCUAAGUAUCAGCUCUCCUAUAUUAAAAAUGAUUGGGGAAAAUGAAAUUCAUUUAGCAUUCCACUUGUGUUGCAUGUGCCAAAACUGCAAAGAUCUAUAGUCCCUUGAGGAUAUGGAAUGUGAUUACUAGAGAACAGGGAGUGCAAGCAGUGUUGGGUCAUUAAUAUUGUAGUGACUAGACUGAAUGCCUUCAGUACAUUCUCAUUAUAUCUACAUUAUACAUUAAAAAUACCUUACUGUAUACAGACAUAAGAAAUAAAACUCACUUUUUCUCUUGCUUAUUCCAAUUAAAGUGAUUGAUUUCUGA